GUCUCGUGACAAAAAGUCGUUUGAAAACCGUGACCAACAUUUCUCUCUUUUUUCUCUCGCAUUUUUUUUUUUGAUUCAGAGAAAGGUCAACGACGAUCUUUAUCGCUUCUUGUGAUAAGAAAAAUAUGGGUGAUAAGAUAUUUUUUGUUAUUUCGUAAAUAAAACAGUUUUUUAGAUUUAUUGCGUGUAGUAUUUACUCGAAUCUGACAAGUUAGGCGGUUCAUUUGAAUAGUGACUGUGUAGAAAUGCGCACCGUUUAACUGUGAAAUAAAAAUGAUAAAAAAUUUAUUACAUUGAAUUAAGUAAAUUUUUCUGUUCCUGAGUGACAUAACGUACAAAAGAUCCAUAAAAAGUGUCGGAAUUGUCGAUAAUUUCUAACAAUUUGCAUCUAAAGAGGAAAAAACAGCGCCUUGAACUGCUUUUUUUGUGACGACAAACAAAAUUAAGUUCAUCUCACAACAAAAUGGUGAUUCUAAUGAAGUCAUCGAUACAGGAUGCAAUUUCCGUAUUUCUCGCGGAAUUAUUGGGCACCGGGAUGAUUACUUUUGCCGGUUGCAUGUCUUGCGUGCCGUGGAAAGAGACACCGAGCAAUUUUGAAGUUGCAAUCGCCUUUGGACUGGUCAUUAUGAUGAUUAUUUUGAUAUUCGGAUCUGUGAGCGGAGCGCAUCUCAAUCCAGCUGUGACAGUAGCUGCCUGUAUUUUCAAGUCCAUAACCUUCAAAAUGUCUCUUCUUUACAUCUUGGCACAAUUUCUCGGAGGCUUCUUGGGUUACGGUCUCCUAAAACUCGCAACUCCUGAACCAAUUUUCGUGUCAAAUAUUUGUGUGACAAGCCCGGCGCCGGAAAUCAGUCUCUUCCAAGCACUUUUAAUUGAAUUUUGCAUGACAACGAUACUUCUGCUCGUGUGUUGCGGCGUUUGGGAUCCACGAAGUGCCAAAAAUACAGACUCAAUCCCAUUAAAAUUCGGAUUUACAGUAGCAGCAUUGUCAAUUAUUGGAGGUCCAUACACGGGAUGCAGCAUGAAUCCAGCAAGAACGCUCGGGCCAGCGAUUUGGAAUCAGGAUUUGUCGACUUUUUGGAUUUAUCUUUCGGCGCCAAUGACAGCAGCAAUUGUGAUUCCCAUUAUUUACAAAGUCAUCUUUUACCGAGAACUACCGUCGCAAAAGUCAGGAGAGGCUAGUAUGAGUGCUUAGAAAAAUUAUUCAUCGAUUUGAAGCAUCUGAUAUCAGAAAACCACCUACAAUGAAUCAUGUUAUGCGAUAAAAAUAUUUCAACUUCAAAUAGAUCAAUUCACAAAAAUUAUCAUUAUUUAUUGUAGAUUGUACCUAAUGUUAUAAAAAAUGUACCAAA